CCCGGCUGAGGAAUCCCAGGCAGCGUUUAAUUGCAGAGAGCAAAAGGCUUUAGUUGGUCUAAUGAGCUCAGAACCGGCGCUGGGGACUCUUCCACGAGAGACGAGAACCCCUUCCCGGUGGAACCUCGCAGGGCGGCCGGAUCUUGGGUGGAAGAAGGGAGGAGAAGGAAUUCAGGUACAGCCGACAGUGUGAGAGAAUAUACCAGAGCCAGGAGACGGAGUGAGAGGUGGAGAAACAGAGAGGAGAGAGGGGAGGGGAGGAAACGGGAAAUACACACAUAGAGGGAGAGAGAGAGAGAGAGAGAGGAAGCCUGCAGCAGCAAAUGAGCCAGAACAACGAGGCGGGAGAGGUAGAAACAGAGAGAAAGGGAGGUGGAGAGGGGCCCCGUCUAGGAGAGAGGGCUACAGGGUGAGGAAGAAGUAGAGUUAGAAGUUAGAAGAAGGAGAAGGGGGUUUUUAGGGAGGAAAAAAGAGCGGUGGCAGGGAUUACAGGAGAGAAGAAGAAGGGAAACAACAGACAGGAAGGAAAGGGAGGGAGACGUCUUGGGUAGAGACGGAAGGAAAAAAAAAAAAGAGCCGAAGAAAAGUUUUCAGAUGAGGAAAACAGAGCGAGUGGAUGACCGGGCUGAAGGGAGCAGAGAGGGGAGGAAACCAAUUUUCUAAGGCUGUUUUUUCUACACAAACCUCUGGACGUCUUUGGACAUGUACACAGACGGCUCGCAGGCGGCGGGACACCACCGGUUCAUUCAGCACCUCAACACCGCGGGCCCCUGCUCCUGCCAGCACUGCGUGCACCGCGAGCAGCCGGCGUACGGCCAUCGCGGCGGGCCGGGAUUCCGACCGGCACCAGCCCGGCGGACGGACCACCCGUCUCCAGGCUGCGGGAGAGACGCCCCGGCCCCUCGGGCUAAAGACGCAGGGGCCAGAGCUUACGUAGCGGACGGAGGCGGGAGAAGCGGCCAUCGCAGCCCACAGAGGAGGCCUGUGUUCGCAGGGCCGGACCCUCGCAGCCAGUCAGACGACCUGAGGCGAGCGUGCCCCUGGGAUUUGAACCCUGCCCAGUGGAGCCACCCGCCGGAGCCCGGGGCGAGACACUGCCCGUCUGUCAGAGAACAGUGUGGCUGUGUGGCGCGCGGCGACACCAGGGCGCACCCCUUCAACGCUGGGAUACCGCAUCCUCUCCCCCACCUGCAGGUCAGAGGUCAGGGAUACAGGCACCGGAGGACCGUCACAGUGGAAGAGGAGGGAGAGGAGUGCGGAUGCAACUUUGAGGGCUAUCGUUCGGAGCCACGCGAUCCCCACCUCGGUCGGACACACGCGCCGAAUGGCCACUGCGGCCCGAGGACCGGGUUCUUUGAAGGAGGGGAGGAAACAGAUAGCCAUCAGGCCCGGGGGAGACUGGAGGGUGGAUCAGACGAGGGCUGCAACGGAGGUGUUGGCUCUCACAAAGGUUUCUUCCCCACUGAAGUGCCACAAAAACACUUGAAGCAAAGAGAGAAGGGGCCCCGCGUCACACAUUCUGGCAUAUCCAGUCCCACAACCAACGGGGACCAUCAGAGCCAGGUUUCGGAUGUGGCGAAGCAGAAGAGGAGGCAAGAUUUGGUGAGGGAUAAAAUCCGACAGGUGGUGACAGAUCUGGAGGAUGUGUUGGGGGGUUUGAAGCAAGUUCACGUGGAGAUGAAAGAGGUGGUGCAGCAGAUUGAUCGCCUUACAGCCAGAAUCGACCUCAGCGAGGAGACGUCCUGCAUCACUCACGCCGGGGAGUCCAUUAACUUUCACGGCUCAGCUCAUCCAGACGACCUUACGGCGGCCCAGCAGCCCGAUCACAAGCCCGCUCCAGUUCGGGCGACGCAACACAUCGUCGAAGACCGGAUCAUACUAAGAACUAACUCUCCGUCGCCUGUUCACGUGGCGUCAGUCGUCAAAACGAGCCGCUUCACCCCACCCAGCAUCGCCAAGGACGUCAACCACGAAAGGACCGGCGCCAACGGCCACGCGCCUCACCUCCAUCGCCUCAGAGACUCCAACCACGUCGGCCAAGCUCACCCUGAGCCCCACCCGCACAGCCUGGAGCCCAAGGUCAUCAUUGGUAACAGCACCUCCGGUUCAAGAACUCAGAAGCCUCCUCUGUACCCCAAAAACGGGCGCUGUGGGAAAGGCCCGUAUCUGCCCCCCAAGCCCGUGAGGACCCCUGCCUGCCCCGCGAGAGGCUGCCAGAGCGCCAGCAAUGUGUGAGGGGAGAGGGAUGUGGGAGUGGGGGGAGGCAGGCAGGGAGGGCGGGGAUGGGGAGAUGUGGGGGGUGGGUUUGCCCCAAGUGCCGUGUGGGCCUGAAACAUGAGACCCCGCUGCAGCGAGAGUGGAGGUCAGAGUGGGACCAGGCGGGGGAACAACGCACGCAGGAGCUGAUGCCACAGAGACAAGCUGUCAGCCGGUGGAAACGGAGCAUGGCCGGAAGAGGGGGAUAUUUCCAAAGGGAAAACCUCCCCCAUCUCUCCUCCUCAAGAAUCGACCUGCGUCUGUACGUCACGCAAGCACGGAAGCGUGAGGAGCGGCAGUCAAACCUCUCUGAGAAUCUAUGCAUUCGCUGUUUCAUGUGAGGUGGCGUAAAAUGAUGAGGAGGAUAAAAGGAACUACUAUUUAUAGUAUAUUUCUACGACAGUGUUAAUUUAUUUCAUACCAGGCUAUUUUUUGCAAAUAGAUCUAUUUUUGGGCAGCUUACACCAGUCUGGAUACUACCUAACCUAAUGUAUACUAUGUCAAGAUUUAUAUCAUCAAAGCUGGUGUUCAGAUAUAUAAAUAAGAGUUGACAGGUUUUCUCACUGUUACAUGGUUUUUCAAAGUAUGUAAGAUUAAUAAUCAGCGAGGAGACUGGAAAGUUGCAAAAAAAGCAAUACAAUAGAUUCCUCUUUCCUUUUUUACACAAUCUGACGGUUCAAUUGUCCAAGAGAUGCGCAUCGACUGCUGAAUGUCCCUCAUUUCAGGAUGAAAUAAAAAAUAAUUGACGCCAGCA